GCUUGCUCAUUCAAAACCGCAGAUAUGAACGGUAGCAGCUUAGUGAUUGCUACAGAUCCGGAUGCUGAUCGAUUCCAGCUGGCCGAAAAAAAUGACGGAAGCUGGCAUAUAUUCACCGGCAACGAAAUGGGCGCGUUGCUAGCGUGGUGGAAAUGGUAUAAUUGGCGAAGGUUGAACCCUGACAAAUCAGCUGAAGACGUGUACAUCAUAAAUAGUGCGGUUUCAUCGAAGAUCGCUCGCACAAUCGCUGAGACUGAGGGAUUCAAAUAUGAAGAAACGCUGACAGGGUUCAAGUGGAUGGCGAACAAAGCCGCCACUUUGCGCUCGCAGGGAAAAACUGUACUUAUGGCGUGGGAAGAAUCGAUCGGUUACAUGCCGGGGGACGCGCUGGACAAAGAUGGUGUGAUCACGUCCGCGAUAUUCGCUGAUUACGCUUCUUUCCUGCACGCCAAGAACAUGACAUUCCAGCAACAGUUAGCUGAACUGUAUGCCAAUACCCUGAAAGUUGUGGGCCUGAAUUAUUUUCGGUUUCAGUUGCUUCCCGUUAACUCGUCGAACAACAUGAUCACGUUUACGUUGGAAAACGGAAGUAUGUUCACCAUUCGCAGCAGUGGUACCGAACCGAAGGUCAAAUUCUACCUGGAGGUCAUCAGUAAAAAAGACGAGGAAGAGGCCAACAAGCAGUUGCAGGUGUUGAUAAAGGCCAUCAUCGAAACGUUUUUAGUACCUGAGAAAUAUGAACUCAUUUGGCGCUCUUAG